CAGCAAUAACCUAGGAUAGGCCUAGGCAGACUUGGCCCUAGCUCUACACUAAAAUAAUAGGCAUAAAAACAUACAAGGUAGUUACGGCCAAAAGCAAGCAGGUGAUGUUAUGCAGAAAAGUGGACAAAUUUGAGGGAUGCUGAUAUGAACAAUAAAAGAAAGACUAAAGAAAAGAAAAGUGGAGAUGCUGCCAAAACCGUAAAACCGUACAAGUAUGGACAUACAAUGGAGUUGUUAGAACCCCAUUUAAGGUCAAGAGAAAGUAAAAUUGAUGGAGACAGUUCAAUAUACAGGUGUUUAUAUGACAAACAUGUUGCCGCACACAAACAUGGAAAGAGAGAGAAAAAGAAUGCCUGGGAAGCCGUGGCUAAAGAAAUGGAGCUGAGCGUCGAAGAAUGCCAGCGUCUUUAUAAUGUCAGGCGAACAGCAUUUGCAAGACACCUCAAGAAAGUCCGCUCUACGGUUCGUAGUGGGGUCGGUAGGGAUGACUUGCUACCGAUUGCAGCAGAGUGGCAACAUAUGCGAUGGCUGAUUUGGAGGAGGCACGGCCUGAAGAUGAAUGUCUGCGCCUGCUCAACGAAACCCAGCAGGUAGACAUCAUGGUUGAGCCGGACACAGAAGCACAAGACAUGGUGGAUGAGGGCUUCUUUUUCACAGAGGAAGAGCACAUAGAUACAGAAUUGGAUGAUCCAACAGACGAAGACAAAAACGAUUCUUAUCCGAGCUUAAAUGAUGAUGACGACAAUGUUGCCAGCAGCAGUCAAGUCAAUGAUGAUGAAAAUGACAAUAGCCAGGAGGCCAUUAAUCCACCUGAUUUCCAAGAAACGAAUCAGAUUAAAGAUACCGCAGAAACAUCCAAGAAGAGGAUGGCAGACAAACAAAAUCCAGCUAUUAGGAAGGCAUGGACAAAAAAAGCAAAGAAGAAUGUCCCAGAAAAGGCAAAUAAUGAAGAAAUUGACAAAGAACUAAUUGAAUUUAUAAAGAGCCCGAUUGCUGUUGAUGAUGAAGAAUUGACUUUUGCCCGAGUGAUUGCAAAUAAGAUGCAGAAAUUGAAAGAAGAGGACAGAGGUGACAUGGAACUGAAAAUACUAAUGUUAUUUAAUGAUUACAACAAGAAACAAUAGAUGUUUUGUAGCCCUAAGUACGCUGCAACAUAAUAUUGAAAUAUUAUGAUUGAUUGAAGUCAGUUUGAGAUUUGUUAUGAUUUAUUGUCCGAUGGAAUCAAUAAAACAUAGAAAAACAUAAAUCAAUUAUAAUCAUUAUAGUAAUGAAAGACAUUAAAAAAAAAACAACUUAGCACCAUUAAAUAAGUUUUAUGAUUACUAAAAAUGGGCAAUUCAAAUUUCAACUUUUGUUUUAAUUUAUUCCAUCGGACGAUAAACUGAAAAAGAAAAAAGUAUUUUUAAAGUUGCAUGUUAUCCUUUUGUUUUUCCCCCCCCAAUUUUAUAAUGCUACUAACAAUCUUGUGUUUGGUGCUAAAACAUGUAGAGUUAAAAAUGCAAUCUAUAUGGUGCUGUUUCCUCAUAUUUUUCUUUUUGUUUUUUUUCAUUCUAGUCUGUUACUGAGCAACAUGCUGUAAAGCACUGGUAAAACAUUUAUGCUAUGUUCCACGUAAAUAAUUUAGGUGAUCAUUAAAAUUCUGCAAAAAACACAUAGAGGGUGGGGAGGGGGGCUGGAAGUCUUACAGUAUGUACACUGCAACAUGAUAUUGAAAUAUUAUAUGAUUGAUUUAAGUCAGUUUGCCCUUUUUAAUGAUCUAUUGUUCAAUGGCAUCCAUAAAACAUAGAAAAACAAAAAAAAUUCUAGGUAACUUAAAUCAUGAGUAAUGAACUACACUGGAAAAAAGUUAGUCGCAUUUAAUAAAUUUCAUGAUACUAAAAAUGGACAAGUCAAAUUAAAACUCUUGUUUUACUUCAUUCCAUUGGACAAUUAACUGUAAAAAAAAGUAUGAUUAACUUUAAAAUUGCAUGUUAUCCUUUUUUAUUUUCCCCUGAUUUUAUGAUGCUAACACUCUUUCUUUAUUGUUUGGUGCUAAAAGGCGAGACUUUUUUUAUACCUUGUUUAGCGAACCUGCUGAAUGCAAAUAUUGAUGAUUUUGAUUAAAAGUACAAUUUUAUUUUUGGCCAAUUAGUGCA